AUGGCGAGCUGGAGAUUCAAGAACACAGAGCAGCCGGUUCCCUCGCCUGAGGAGCUGAAGACGAACUUCACCAUCAAAGCUCCUCCGUCGACUGACAUAUGGUCCAAACCACCUUCGACUCACCGUUUCAAUGCACCCAUGCUCUUCAAAACCAUGCCUCUGGCCUCCUUUCAGCGAGCCAGCGUGAGAGUCUCGGCCAAAUGGAUAACACUCUACGACCAAGGAGGCCUUAUCAUCGCCCUCGAUCGUCCAGAGAAGUGGAUCAAGGCUGGGAUCGAGUUCGUGGAGGGAGUACCGCGGUGUAGCACUGUGGCAAGGGAUCGAUGGGCCGACUGGAGUCUGUCUCCAAUCCCGGCCGGGGAGGACCUUGCUGGCUGCGACGAGGUUGGCGUUACAAUCGAGAUGAAGCGAAGGCCAAAGGAUCAGACUCUGUGGGUGUAUGCCGUCAAAGAAGACGGAGAGAGGGUGCCGAUGAGAGAGGUGACCUGGCUGUUCGAGGACGAAGAGAAGCUGGAGUGCUGGGUCGGAGUAUACGUCUGUAGGCCAUCGUCAGAGGCCGGACUUGGGGAUCUGACCGUGUCUUUUUCGCAGCUCGAUGUCUAA